AUGAGCCUACCGAAUUACCCCCCUGAUCAUCCGGAUCGUACACUAAAGGUACUAUCAUUCAACGUUUGGGGACUGGCGAUAGUAUCGAAAGAUCGACAAGUCAGGAUCAGAGCAAUAGCCGAGUAUCUGUCAUCGUCAAAUUACGAUAUAGUGUGUUUACAGGAGUUAUGGGUAUAUAAGGAUUUUGAAAUUGUCAGAGAGAAGGUUAGGAGGAACUUACCGUUCUCUAGAUUCUUUCAUACCGGUGCCCUUGGUUCGGGCUUAGCCAUCUUCACUCGAUUCCCCCUCAUCUCAGCUCAGGCAUUACCAUACUCCCUCUCCGGCUCACCUGCACAGGCCUUCGCUGGUGAUUUCUUCGUCAAGAAAGCUGCUGCGAACAUAGUGAUCAUACAUCCUAUAUUGGGAGAAGUUGAGAUAUGGAAUACCCAUAUGCACGCUGCAGGAGAACAUCCGCCAGAUACCAGACAAGCACAUAGGAUAGCUCAGUCAUGGCAAUUGGCUAAUGCGAUCAAGAAUGGGGCUGCAAAAGGAAGAUAUAUAUUCGCGAUGGGCGACUUCAAUUCCCAGCCAUGGUCAAUCCCUAUCGCCAUGUUGAAAAAUCACGGAAAUUUGACCGACUCCUUCGAAUCAGUAACGAAAACUGCCAAUAUGGAUUUAUCACCUCAACCUACACCCGAAGAAGCACUGAAAUCGUAUGGUAUGACGUGCGACUCGCCCCUGAAUACAUAUUCAGCUGGUAAACCUAUACCUGGCAACGUUUUAGAGAAAGGAGGCAAGAGGUUGGAUUAUAUCUUCUUUAGACAGCCGGCUAUAGCUAGACGAAGACCACUUGUCUGGGGAUAUAGGGAUGAGGAGAAUGAAAGUGAAUCUAAUAAGGGGAAUGGAGCUGGAGGUGCGGACCAAGUUGAAUUAGGUGAUUUUACAGGAAAAGGUCAUAUGGAAGUUGGAAAACCCAUCACAUCGUCAAUUGCAAAAGCACCUGAAUUGAAAUGUAUCAAUUCGGAAGUGAUCUUGACUGGGUUGGUACCUGGUCAAUCAUUCUCUUAUUCAGAUCAUUUCGCAUUAUUCUCUACGUUCACUAUAGAAGAUCCACCUUCCCAACACCCACAACAAAAACAGCAGAAUCAGCAACAGACCACAUCGACUUCAUCUUCCGAUAAUUCAUUUACCCCAUUAGUCCCCCUAAUCACCGAGCCUGAACAGAUAAAUCCUACAACCACAGCGUUCGCGCACCCUUCACCUGAAUCGCCCAAUAUCAACUAUGCCCCUUCUUCACCGCGCACAUCGACUUCUUCAACAGCUGCUAUAACAGCCAAGAGCAAUACUGUCAGAUCAGCAUUAGACGUUUUGAGGUUGUAUACGAGAAUAUCAAGUAGGACGUCGAAUCUUCAUCUCAAGGUAUGCCUGGGAUCGUUAAUAGCUCUGAUAGCGUUGACGAUAGGCUCAGCAUGGCAGCCUAAAUCGUGGUUGCAACCUAUCUUCACCUUCGUAGGUGGGUUACUAGGUGCGUCGACGGCGACCUUCUUGUAUACCGGUUUCGUUUGGGGUAGAUGGGAACAGGGGUUACUGGUAGAAGUCACUGAGGAGAUGGAACUGGAACUGAGGGUCGCUGAGAUGGAAGAGAGGAUUAAUACGAGUGCAUGA